UUAUUAAUGAAGAUAGCACUGUCCAUUUCUCUUUCUCUCUCAGCUAUCAGAGUACCAGUGACGCUUCCUCUCCUUUUCUCGCCUGGCGUCAUUUUUGGGUUCUUUUCUUAACACAGUGAAGUUGGGUUUUAGACUUUUAGACUUUCUCACCAUUGUUUUAUUGUGAAAUUAUCACAAAUUUACUACCAUAAAGUAUAUUUUAAUGGAACUUGACUUCACUGGAAUUGCGCUUUUGAUGGUCUAUAAGCUUCAUUUUAGCUGUCUCCUCGGCAAAACUUUUUGCAUUUCACGGAGCACAUAAAAAGCAAUUGAUGUGCUCCUUUUGCAUUCUUCAUCUGCAUAUUGCUCUUUCAAUCUUUUUCUGAUCCGUUUCUCUCUUCAUUAGCUGUUUCAAAUUGAUAGAAAACCAUGAGGGUUUCCUUUUUCCUGCUCUCUCUCCUCGCCCUCUUCAGUCUUUCUCUUCACUUUCAAGUCUUUGCUGCUGCUCCAGCUGGGCCUCUAAUAAAGCACUUGAGUUCUCUGUUCAAAUUGACUAGCAGGACUUCUUCCUCCAAGGUUCCCCAAUCAGAAGGUGGGAAUGUACUUCAAUUUGAAGACGGGUACUUGGUUGAAACUGUGGUCCGAGGAAAUGAACUUGGGGUUGCGCCUUACAAGAUUCGUGUCUCACAGGAUGGUGAAUUAGUUGCAGUGGACGCUUCUCGGAACAACAUUGUUAAGAUUACUCCCCCGUUGUCCCAAUAUUGUAGGGCAAGAUUGGUUGCUGGUUCAUUUAAGGGUCAUAAAGGACAUGUUGAUGGGAAACCAAGUGAAGCCCGUUUCAAUAAUCCAAGAGGAGUUGUCAUGGAUGAUAAAGGGAAUGUCUAUGUUGCUGAUACAUCAAAUCUUGCCAUAAGAAAGAUUGGAGAAUCGGGUGUGACAACGAUUGCUGGAGGGAAGUCCCACAGCGCAGGGUAUAGAGAUGGGCCAAGUGAUGAAGCCCAAUUCUCAAAUGACUUUGAUGUGGUUUAUGUCCAGCAAACGUGUUCAUUGUUGAUUGUUGAUAGAGGAAAUGCAGCCAUAAGGCAAAUCUCUCUUUAUCAAGAGGAUUGUGACUACGAGCAAAGUUCCGUCUCAACCAUAGAUAUUUUUAUGGUCAUAGGUGCUGUAGUGAUAGGGUAUGCUGUAUGCAUGCUUCAGCAGGGAUUUGGCUCUACAAUUUUCUCGACUCUGGGAAAUGCAGUAGGCAGGGAAGACAAAAAACUGAUCAGGAGGGAGAAGGCGUCUCCUGUUGUUGAAAUGGGAAAGGGAGACAAUGAAGUAGUGACUGGAUGGCCAUCUUUUGGGCAGCUCAUUUGGGAUUUGGCCAAUCUCUCACUUGAAGCCGUGUCUUUCAUUUUCACCCUUCUUAAUCCACUGCAAUUCAGGAGCACUAGAGUCGGCAGUGGCCUCACUCCACUUAAAGAUUCUCUCAUCAUGCCAGAAGACGAAGAAGUAGAAGAUAAUCAGGAACGGAGAGUUUCUGCCCCAGUUUCUGAGAUCACCACUAGGCCGGUUCACCCUCAAAGUGUGGUCAACAGUAAUAAUCUGUAUAAAGAGGUUAAGACCCACAAACAUAGAUCUUCUAGUUCGAUAGAGUCACCACAGUCAACCAGGCUGCACCGAUCUACCAGGCACCAUGACUACCAAGCAUACUAUGCAUCAUCAACAAGCACUGAGGAUGCUCAGCCUUCCUAUCAGCCUGAAAUGAGGUCUAAAAGUCAGGGGGAUAAGGUAAAACAUCGCCGUCCAGAGAAAAGUGCACGCACUGGGAUGGAUCCCAAGUAUACUGGAACAAAGGGCCUAAACCCUGCUUUGGUUGAAACUGCCAGGUCUGAGCAAUACUAUAUCAGGAACAACAACCCACCCAGAUAUCAGUAGAGUACAAACCCUCCAUUUGCAUUCCCUAUACAAAGGGUAUGUUUGGCAAAUGGCUUAUCAGCCAGCUUUUAGCUUGUUUGACCCAUUUCAGCUGUUUGAUUGGUCAAAGAAGCUAAUUAAUGAUGUUUGGUAAAUGCCUUUUAAAAUUAGCUUGUUGAGUUUGAAAAGCUGAAAAAAUGGAUUGUUGAAGAAGCUAAGGGGAGCAGCUUCUUCAUUUGGCUGGUUCAAUUUACACUCUAUCAGCCAUUUUGAAACAACCAAUUUUACCAAACAGUUAUCUAUAACCAGCUAACAUAACCAGCCGGUCAAAACAGCUAACACAACCAGCUGUUAGGAAACAGCUGACACAACCAGCUAACAACAACAGCUAACAGCCAUUUGCCAAACAUACCCAAAGUUGUGAGCAUUCUAAUGCCAGAACAAGUAUAGUGGUGAAUCUCCUACUAACUUUGCUGUGUAACGAAGGACAAAUAUAUCAUAUGGCUCAGAAGUACCAAUUACCCGACUUAGCAUCUUCAUUUUCACAUAUCGUUUGUAGCUCCUAGAUGUGUGUUUUUUGUUUUGUUUAUUUAUUCAAAUCGUCUUACAUACUCCUUUUCCUUUAAAAUUAUUUCACACAGAAAGGCUUGACCAAAUAAUUCAAGAAUGAUUUGUCAAACACCCAUCCAAACAAACAAUCAUCAAAUUGAAUUGAAACCAGAUAGAGUAUACUUGUAAACACAUGUUCUGUCCUGGUUGCUGCCUGCUCAGUCGCUACUAUAUGAUUCUCUUCUAGCCUUUUUGCCUGGCUAAUGAAUACUCUAAUGUGUUUGAG